GGCACGAAAGCGGGGACUCGGUAGCCGGAAGUCAUCCGAACCUAGGCUGAAUCCACCAAGGCGGGUUUAGACAGCCGACAGUUCCGGUUGGCAGGCAGGAUGGCAGAUCGUGCUGCGCUCGAGGAGCUGGUGCGACUCCAGGGAGCGCAUGUGAGAGUCCUUAAGGAGCAGAAAGCGUCCGCUGAGCAGAUCGAGGAGGAGUUGACAAAACUCCUAAAACUGAAGGCACAGCUGGGCCAUGAUGAAGGCAAACAGAAGUUUGUGCUCAAAACCCCCAAGGGCACGAGAGACUAUAGUCCCCGGCAGAUGGCAGUCCGGGAAAAGGUGUUUGAUGUCAUCAUCCGCUGCUUCAAACGCCAUGGGGCAGAAGUGAUCGAUACACCUGUGUUUGAGCUAAAGGAAACACUGACUGGGAAGUAUGGAGAAGAUUCAAAGCUUAUCUAUGACCUGAAGGACCAGGGUGGGGAGCUGCUGUCCCUCCGUUAUGACCUUACUGUCCCCUUUGCUCGGUAUCUGGCAAUGAAUAAACUAACCAACAUUAAACGCUACCACAUAGCAAAGGUGUAUCGCCGGGACAACCCAGCUAUGACCCGAGGCCGUUACCGGGAAUUCUACCAAUGUGAUUUUGACAUUGCUGGCCAGUUUGACCCCAUGAUUCCUGAUGCAGAGUGCCUAAAGAUUAUGUGCGAGAUCCUGAGUUCACUUCAGAUUGGCAACUUUCUGGUCAAGGUAAAUGAUAGGCGCAUCCUAGAUGGGAUGUUUGCUGUCUGUGGUGUUCCUGAUAGCAAGUUCCGUACCAUCUGCUCCUCAGUGGACAAACUAGACAAGGUUUCCUGGGAGGAAGUGAAGAAUGAGAUGGUGGGAGAGAAGGGCCUUGCACCCGAAGUGGCUGAUCGCAUCGGGGACUAUGUCCAGCAGCACGGUGGGGUGUCUCUGGUGGAGCAGCUACUCCAGGAUCCUAAACUCUCCCAAAACAAACAGGCUGUAGAGGGCUUGGGAGACCUGAAGCUGCUCUUUGAAUAUCUAACCCUGUUUGGCAUUGAUGACAAGAUCUCCUUCGACCUGAGCCUUGCUCGAGGGUUGGACUACUAUACUGGAGUCAUCUAUGAGGCAGUGCUGCUACAGAUGCCAACCCAAGCUGGGGAAGAGCCCCUGGGUGUGGGCAGCAUAGCUGCUGGGGGGCGCUACGAUGGCCUGGUCGGCAUGUUUGACCCCAAAGGGCGCAAGGUGCCAUGCGUUGGGCUCAGUAUUGGAGUGGAGCGAAUUUUCUCCAUUGUAGAGCAGAGAUUAGAGGCUUCAGAGGAAAAGGUACGGACCACAGAGACACAGGUGCUUGUGGCAUCUGCACAGAAGAAGCUGCUGGAGGAGAGACUGAAGCUUGUCUCAGAGUUAUGGGAUGCUGGGAUCAAGGCUGAGCUGCUGUACAAGAAGAACCCAAAGUUACUGAACCAGUUGCAGUACUGUGAGGAAGCAGGCAUCCCCCUGGUGGCCAUCAUCGGUGAGCAGGAGCUCAAGGAUGGUGUCAUCAAGCUCCGCUCGGUGGCCAGCAGAGAAGAGGUGGAUGUCCGAAGAGAAGACCUUGUGGAGGAAAUCAGAAGAAGAACAAAUCAGCCCCUCUCCAUCAGCUGAACUGAGCAAACCAGUAGAGGAAACAGGAUUGGUCUUAAUUGAACUAAAACAAAACUGCAUAUGUACUUAAACAGUUUGCACAUUUCUGAUCCAGCAGAAGACUGAAGGGCGGUAAAACUCAGAAAUCCGCCUGCCUCUGCCUCUCAAGUGCUGGGAUUAAAGGCAUGCGCCACCACUGCCCGGCUUCAUUUUUGUUUUUAUUAUUAUGUUAUUAUCUGUAGUCAUUGGCAAAAAAUAGCCAGGUACCUACACUUUCCUUGUCGGGGAUAGGGUCGAGCAGUAUAGGUGGACUAAUCAAGUUUCUGCCUCCCAAACUCCUGUAUGGACUUGAGAUGGCUUCACUGAAAAGCCACAUAGCAGAUGAACAACCUACGGCCAAAAUGUCCAAUAAAUGUCUGUACCG